UUCUUCUGUGUUCCAUAAUGCACGUUUAAUGACACUGUCGCCUUGUCAGAAUUCUCGUUGUUAUUUUCUUUCAUUACCGUUGAUAACUGUAUUUAAACAUUGAACAGUUAGCACACAUGCUCUGUUGGCAGCCGUCACUGUCAACUGGAGGAAUAAUGUGAAAACAAUGUUAAAACUAGAACUGCCAUUAUAGGAUCUAAGUUUAUAUGACACAUUUAUAAAAUGCAGAAAUGUAGACGUGACACAAUCAUGUGAUCCCACACGUCUUUAUUUUUUAUACACAAAUUCACACAAGUCAUGCUUCUGUAAAAUUCAAAUGAACGCCUUUUUCCACCACGCGUCAGUCUAUCGGCUUACAUCCUCACGUCUCUCCUGCAAAGCACAUUCAGGUGCUGCGUGGGCUCAUUAGCACAUGUUAGCUUUCCUGCAAUUAAAGCCUCAUUUCACUGCAUUUUCACACAAUCAUAUCUGAUGAGACGAGUAUGUGAUUCGGAGCCAUCGCUCAGCCUUCACUCGGCUCUUCAAAGGCUCAGCGUUAAAAAACAAAGGCAGUCUGAGAGCUUCUUUUGAUGCUCCAGUCACCUUUUACUUUCUACAGUUGUUUGAGGGAGUAAAAAAAAGACCAUCUGACUGUAGAAAGGAGGUAUUUCAGAGAGGAAUGGUAAUUUUUCAUAUGCCACGUGCCAGCACUCCACUUAUCCAUAUGAGGCGUAUACGUCUGUCGGUAUUACUAAAUCUAAAACACUAAAUUAUGAAAAUCCAAAUAGAAGAUACUAGAACAUCUAUUUAUGUAAAUGUUUUAAAAUAACUAAAAACUGAACUAAUGUUGACGAGAUUAUCCUUGACAUUUCCAACAUGGAUUUAAACUUCAAGGACAUAGUUCUUUUUAUUUGGUUUCCUGUUAUUAUGCUGUCAAAAAUGUGAAAGAAGUCAGUGAAUACAACCAAAUAAACACUUUUAAUUAGAUAGAUAGAUAGAUAGAUAGAUAGAUAGAUAGAUAGAUAGAUAGACUUUGAAGGAACACCUAGUCAGCAGAGGGCGCUGUGUAUAUAGGACAUCAACGGCUGAGUGACGUUGCGGACUGACGUUGGUGUAUUCCGUGACUGUUUAUACAGGAGCAAAAAAGAAGAAUGUAAUUACACAACCGCUGACAUCGACUAUGGGGCAUCCUCCAUCAUUGCACGUGAGAGACGCCGCCGCUCGUUCUCCUGAAAGUCCACCAGUGAUGUGAGGACUGUCCUCGAGACUCAAACCCGCACCGAGACGCCAACACACGGCGUCGACCGCCGCCACCAGCUCACCCUCACCCUCCCUCACCCUCUCUGCUCUGGCCGCUGUUGCGCUUCUGCUGCUGCAGCGUCCAAGUUGUCCGGCACAGCGAGAUCAUAUCUGGAGUGGCACCGGCCAGGAUGCUCGCUCUCUCCCCCCCGCUGAAUGGGACGUUAUAGAUGGGCCGCGCAGGAUGUGAAGCCUUGUUAGAAGAAGCAGGAGCAGGAUGGAAAAACCACGCUCGUCUGCGGCGGCGGUGCCACCGCUGCUGCCGCUGCCGCUGCUGCUGCUGCUGGGCUUCCUCUCAGCGUCCUCCGUCAACGCCGACACGCUGCUGUCAGCUCCACUCAAUGUGACCAUCAGAGAGCUUGAGGGCAACUCCGCCGUGGUCACGUGGGAAAUCUUGGAGGGGGAUCCCGUCAUUGGAUUCGCCAUCACACAGCAGAAGAAGGAUGUACGCACGCUGAGAUUCAUACAGGAGGUGAACACCACCACACGCUCCUGCGCCCUGUGGGAUCUGGACGAGGACACCGAGUACAUCGUGCACGUUCAGAGCAUUAGCAUGGGGGGCAGCAGCCCCCCCAGUCAGCCUGUUCUCUUUAGGACGCCCAAAGAGUCGGAGAAGAUGGCAUCCAAGAGUCCAGACGAGGUGACGAUGGAGGAGUUUGGUCACGCCGCCCAACUGAGGGCCGGAGAACUCAUCAUCAUUGUAGUGGUGCUCGUCAUGUGGGCAGGUGUGAUCGCCCUUUUUUGCCGCCAGUACGACAUCAUCAAGGACAACGAGCCCAACAACAACAAGGACAAAGCCAAGAAUUCCUCAGAGUGCAGUACUCCCGAGCACCCACAAGGGGGGCUACUGCGCAGCAACGUCUAAGACCAGCCCCGCAUCGCCUUCUGCAAUAACCAACUCCUCGUACCUCAGGACAGACCCGGAGAACAACAGAAAGCCAUUCUCAGACACCAUCAAAGCUGAAGAACAGUUUAACCAUUACAGGAGCUCUGCUUGACACAGUGAGGAACUCUGGUGCAGAGGAAGAGGUGCAAAAUUUUUUUUUUUUUCCACUUUUGUUGUGACCAAAAAACUGCACCACAGUCUGCACUACUGUGUGUGCAACGACUGCAGAUACACACACUGAAAUGGCAUUCAGUCAAAGAACCUGAGGGGACUCUUAUUAUUCACGAGGAGAACGAUGUGACGACUCUUCACCAGUGGAGUUGAAUCAUGUUUUGGUUUUUUUUUUUUCAACUUUAAGACGGGCGAUGGCAGAAGUGAACAGCUGGUCCUUUAGGUCCACGCAUCAGUCAGCACACAGCGAAACGAGCAACGUUCUGUUUUAAAACCGAGGACUUUCUCUUUUUUUAUCAUCAUCUCCUUUCAUUCUUACCUACAUCUCUUGUAUAGCAGCUCAUCCCCCCCCGUCUGUUCGUCUGUCUGUGUCAGUGUUUCUCUAAUAAGCACAUUGCAAUGUGGUGCUCCUCCUCCUCCUCCUCCUCCUCCUCCUGUGAUUGUCUAAGCAUUCACAAUCCCAGUCUUGAUUACGGUGUCAUGAUCAGACAUGCUCGCGUGUCCGUCCGUCCUUCCUCGCUCUCCCUCUCUGCGUCAACAGAUGCUGUUUUUCUGCCUCCUCUUGAAGCUGGAACAGUAAAGCCCGUGUCAGUGUAGGGACAAAGUGCAAUCUCAUAUUUUGCUUAUAUGAGUGGAGACACAGACAUUAUUUAAAUGUCUGUUUAAAUGCCCCCCCCCCAUCACCAUCCAACUUUUACAACAGGUUUGAAAUCCAGAAGUUUAAAUGGCUUGGCUGUAAAAUUGAGGUUCUAGCGUCCGGACACUGCAUAUUCAGCACCAUAUGCCGUGUGUGGUUUGCAGCAGGAUGUGCAGGCAGGGACGGAGCGAGGACGGAGAUGUGCAGAGUGCCGUUGUCUCUUGAUGAAGUGUUUAUCCAGGGCAAAGCUUGGAAUCGGCUCUGGUUUGGCUGACGAUCAGCGGGGAUGCCGGGGAGGCUGCGGAGGCUCACAGCUGUUCGUUUUGGCCGCGUGUGGCUGCUGAGCCCAGGUUUGAAAUGAAAUAUACUGCACCACCUACUCUCUGUCAUAGUCCUCAUCAGAACUGCCAGUAAAACUUUCACUUACUGCUGCUACCAAAAAAAAUAUCACAAGUGUGCAGUUAGUGGCUCUUAGAGAUUUUUUUUAAUGUUAAUGGUCUACCGUCAUUUGGUUUUGUGUCUGUUAAGUUUCAGGAAAUAUGCUCAUUUAUAAUAAUUUAUGUUAGAAUUUGUCUGUAUUUAGGCACAAAAAAAAAGGGAAACUGAUGAACUGAAGUUGCAAAAGACAACAUUACCAAGAUGUGAUGUUACAAAAUCCAGUUACUGAUGCUCAAAAAAAACCAAACAAAACAUUGCUAACAUUGCGAAAAAACAAUGUUGUACGUAACAAUGGAUACAUAUAUUUACAUAAACAGUUGAAAGCGAAACACAAGUAUCAAGAAAAAAACUACAGUAGACGUCAAUCAUGGAAAUUCGUAGGCUCCCCCUGGUGGCACCAUGUGAUGAUUUAAUGUGCAACAAUUAACUUUUUCGCAGUGUGACAGUGUUAUAAAGCCUGGCAAUUAUCUGUCUCUACUCUAUAUAAAGUACCCGGUUCUCAUUUGGAAACACUGAAGGGUCCAAACUAAGUCCAUAAACAGUUGGGGUCGAAGUUAAUUUCAAUCUCAUAGGUCCAUUUCAGCAGGACUCGCAGUUAUAAUACGUCUCCUGUCUCCAAUGAACAGUGAAGGACAGUGUCGUCGUUCUCCACCUUAGCACUCGGGCCCCACACAGCAGCAGGAUGGUGUUUACUCAGGGCCCCACACAGCAGCAGGAUGGUGUUUACUCAGGGCCCAUGGCCUCGCGUUUUCCAUGUAGACAGAGAACACGCUACUUUAGGAAACAAUGGAGUCAUAUUCCCAGCUUCCCUUUUGAAUUAUAACAGCUACAGUAUCUCACUCAGUAAUAUAAAUUCAAAAAAAGGUUUGGGAGAAUUCCCAACACGGAAGAGUUUACAUGGAGGAGCAAAAGGGUUUCAUUAGUUUUCCAGUUUCGUUUUUCUUCUUUUAGUUGCUUCCUGUUCCUCUUAUGAUGUGUUAACCACGUUAGUUACAUUAUGAAAUUUCAGACCGCAGCCUCUGGAUACCGGUGCUCGCCAGUCGAGUUCAGUUUUAGUCAGUUAUAGAUAAAGUCUGACAGAGGAAAAACGCCGCAGAGCUGAACUCAGCAGAGUCGCAGCCGUGUUGGAGAUAAUUGGGAAACUUGCACUACACACACACACACACACACACACAGUGUAUACAGACACAUUGUGGAUUUAAAUACUGAGAGAGGUUUGAUUUUCAACAGCGAUCCCUCACCCUGCUGUCCAUUUUCACCUUCUCCUUAUCAGUCUCCUCCUCCACCUUCAUUUUCCCCCCAUUUAUGACUCCCCAUCACUCUGUCGCACUGCUGUCUUUCUCAUAUAUCACGAUGCUCUUCCUCGCUUUCUCCCCUUCACCUGUCUCGUCCUCCCUUCUCUUCGCCCUCCGGCUUCCCUCUUCCCCUGUUUCUCAUUAUCCACUCCUGUUCGCCUCCCCUCUUCCUUCUCGACAUCCACUCCUCUCUCUCUCUCACUCUCUCCCUCUUUCGCCCCCCAAACCAUAGACGACAUGCUUAUCCCUCGCUGCUCUGCUCAUUUAUCACCUUUUCCAUUUCAGUCUGGCCAGGGAUGGACACUGUAACCUGGUAAACAAGUGGGCCGAAAUAGAGGAGAAUGAGAUGAUCAAUAAAGAAGGGAGAAGCCAGUAGAAAAAGCACUUUUAACAAACACUACUGAAAAGCACAUCGAGUAUAGUGAGAGUUACUAAGUCCAAAAACCAAGCAACAUUUAACAACAUUUAAGUUGCAUGAUGCAGCUGAAUAGCCUUCAUCACCUCAUCAUCCUUCCUAAACAAGAGUUGACCCAGCUCCUGAUUUAAAUAGAAAAGGCUCAUUCUGACAAAAAUCACCUAAUUAAGCAUUAGCCUUGAGGGAGAAAAGGAAACUUUGUUUUUUUGUUUCAUAACUUUAAUUCCGUCGCAAAGCCAUCAUUUUCCAACACGAGUCUAAACUAAAAAGCGCACACACACUCGACUUAAAGGGAUAGUUCGGAUUCGAUCUAUGAAGACUUGUACCGCCACCCAAUGGUGACGUGAGAUACUACAGGACUGACGUCGGUAUACCAGGGCCUUGACACAGAUCCCAGGAGCAGAGAUGAUACAACGAUAAAUCAUUUAACGAGGUUCCGGUUCGGAGGUCUCGCCCCGGUUUCGGUGCCAAGAAAAGUAGUUUCGGGAGAGAGAGUUUUGGGACACAUAGCUAACAGGGUUUUAAACCACAAACAAGCACGCAUAUGUUAUGUUAACGUGUCUGAACAAUAAAAUCGCCGUCCAGAUCAGAUCAGUGUGGCACUAUUUUCCGGCCCGUAUUAUGAAGCCACGCAGCCGCAAAAGUCCAUUUACAGUUUCUGUGUGCAAACUUGGCGACUUUACGGAACUACUUCUCGUUAAAUGAUUUAACAACGUUAACAUCCACUCUCGACUCCUAGUGGUCUUCUGUCAUACAAUUUAAUGUUCGAAAAACUAUCCCUUUAAAACCAGUCACUUGGCUGCAAAUCAGCAGAAGGCACGUCUGGCUCCAGUAGCCCCGUCUUCUGUCUGUCUGAAGCCGCAGGAGGCGAUUCAGCAGCUGCUCGCGCAGGACCAUGCAAUGAGGCAUGGGAGAGAGAAUGCGGAUCCUGAGACACAAAAAAAAAACACCAAGAGACGGACAAAUGAGGACAUGAGGUUGUAGACCAGAGACGAGACAGAGGCAAAGGCGACAUAUACACAGGGCAAGUGUGAUUUAAGAAGAAAAAGCUGUAGUAAAUGCUGUUUUCAGGUCUGAUUUAAAUGUGCUGGCAGUGUCAGCUCAGACGUAAGUUUGUUCCACAGAGAACUGAACGCUGUUUCACUCUGUUUGGUUUGGAGAAAAGGGAAUUAAAAUGAUGAUUUGAACUUGAAGGCUCACCGUUGGAGCAAAUAUGAGUGAAUAUUUGUAUAAUAGAACAUUUAGCAGGAAAAGAAAUGGCUUAUAUGAUAAAAUCUCACGUUUCUAGAACCAAAUGUUUAAAUAAGUGCUUGGUCAUCUCUACAUGUAUGAAUAAAGCCCCUUAACUAAUAAUGUAUACUAUUUGUUCCAUGAUAACACCAUGAGUUUCUCAGUAACCUCAGCCUUAAACUUAACUCCUGCUCAUCUGAUCUCCAUGUAGUUGCCUCACCUUUGUCCCCCCCACUGUUUCUGCCUGUGUUGUAGACGACUGGAGGACGAAUACUGGAAAGUACCUUGAAUACUUGCCCCUGCACACACGUAGUAAAAGAAAAGGGACCUUUUUUAAUUCAUGGCAUACGUCUGUACUGUUUGUCUAAGCGAAAUAACCAAGAAGCAUGGAUUUACAAAACCUGAAUAAUGGAGUCAAGUGUUUUUUCUGUACAAUCACGGUGUCUGUGUCCAUGUUGAUGUUUAAAAAUGGGAUAAACCCUGUUCAUGAGGGCUAGCAUGACUCUGCUAUUGUUCACAUUCAUGGUAUAUAUAUAUAUAUACACACACACACAUAUAUAUAUAGAUAUAUAUAUACACAGUAAAUGAUUUCUAUGAAAAUGUACAAUGUCUAAUUCUGUAUUAACAUGGGAAAGAAGUAAAAAAAAACAAUAUUUUCAGUGCACCAUUCA